GUCAAGUUUGCUACAGAUAGAGAGUUCAAGAGUUAAGAAUAAGAAAGCUUAUUGAAUAAAAAGAAGUUUAAAAUAUUAUAUCUAAUAAAAGUAGUUAAUAUUACUAAAAGUUCGGAAUUAAUAAUUAAAAAAUUUUAGACUGCUUAAAAUGGUAAAAAAGAAAAGACAAAGUGAUCCUCAAAAUAAAGAUGAAUACAGCACAGAUUCUGAUGACAAACCAACAAAUAACAGUAACAGUCCUAUAGAUUCUCCUGGGGGAGUAGUAGUAGAAUGUCAGCACGUUAAAAGAUCGCUUGAUUUGCAGAAACUUAGGAAGCUGUAUAAAACAACUCCCCUCGAUAUGAAUAAUUGUGGCGAAUGUCUCAAAAAAUCACCACAGAACACAGAAGAAAUUAAUGGAAAAUUUAGCGAAGAUAUGUUUGAAUUCGAUAGGACUUUGUGGUUGUGUCUUAAAUGUGGAACACACUUGUGCGGGCGUGCUAAAAAUCAGCAUGCUUUAGAGCAUUUUGAAACUCCCCGUUCUGAUUCACAUGCUCUAGUUAUUAAUACGACUACAUUUAGCUUAUGGUGUUAUGCAUGUGACGAAGAAGUCAAUUGUACUACAAAAAAGCAACUUUCGGAAACGGUUGAUUUUGUUAAAAAACUAACACAAAGACAACAAGCUAUUGUGCCGCAAAUUAUAACUCCGACUGAGGGACAAACUAUCGAUGAUUCAGGUUUAACAGAUCACUUGAAAUUAAAACUUAAUUCGAAUAAUAGUGUAAAUAAUAGCUCAUCACCAAACUCAACACCUAUACCAGGAAUGGCUAGAAGAAUUCAAACAACGACAAUGCAAGGCUCAUCAAUUUCUACGUUUCCAAUUGAUACUUUACCCCGCGUUAGAGGACUUUCUAAUUUAGGAAACACCUGCUUUUUUAAUGCUGUUUUGCAAUGUUUGGCUCAAACACCAUUUUUGUUAGAAGUUUUGCAUGAAUCUUCUGAAGCUGGUGAAAGGUUUACUCUUCCCGGUGGUGAGUUUAAAUUUAAAGAUGGAGAAACAAAAAUUUUACCAGCCAUUGAAGGAGUUCUGAGUGAGUGGGGCGAAUUAACUUCAUCUUUAGCUGAUGCUUUAGAGCAAUUACAAUCUGGUGGUAGCGUUUUUAAUCCAUCAAAAUUAUUCAAUAAGUUAACAACAAAAUGCCCUCAAUUCCGGGGGGGUGAUCAACAUGAUUCUCAUGAAUUACUACGUCAUUUAUUAGAACGCGUCAGGUCCGAAGAUUUGAAGCGAUAUCAGAAAGUUAUAUUGAAUGAGCUGGGCUAUAAUUCCCAAAUAACACCUGGAGAUGACAUGAAACAAAAAUGCAAAAUUUAUGGACAACAAGCUCAAGAUCGCAUUUUACGCCCGGAGCAAGUUUUUAGAGGUUUUUUAGUUUCAACAUUAACUUGUCAAGAUUGCUUCUAUACAUCUUCGAGGCAUGAAAGUUUCCUCGAUAUGUCAUUGCCUGUCAGCGUGGAGAAGCCACCACCUCCAAUCAGACGUAGAACUAGUCCUGAAACGUCUCCCAAUUCCACUACGCUAUCAAAGCAUCAAUUAAAGAAAGAAAAAGAAAAAGAAAGAAAGGCAAAGCGGGCAGCAAAACAUCAUAAUAAAAAACUGAAUUAUAUACCAAUUGGUCCAAUUGGAGAUAACAUGGACGAUUCCAUAGAUACCAAUAAUACUUCAUUAAAUAAUAAAGAAAUUGAGAAUUCAAGAUCUUCUGAUUCAUCAUCAUCAGAGCAAUCUGAUGCCGAUAUUGAAGACAAUUUGAUAGACGACAUUCCGAAAAAUGGACAGUCGUUGCUACAUCUGCAGAAGGCUUGCGAUACAAACGGAAAUAGUGAAACACCUAAUAGUCCCGAGAAACGUGGAGAUUCUCCAGAGAAUCCUAACAAAGAUUCUAAUGAUGAUGAGAAUGAUUCUGGUAUUGCUACAAGUCCUGCUAAUCCAACAACUUCUAUGGACUUAAUUUCUUCUGCCAAUACAUCAUUGACACGAUCCAGAGGUGGUUCUACUGAAUUAAACAAUUCCAUGGAAUGUAACGGUUCUAGUAAUUUAAUUUUAAAUUUGGGAAUUAAUAAAAAUGCUAGUUUAGUUAGAAAUCGUUCUUUAGAGUUAAACCAAAAAGAAAAUCUUGAACGAAAUUUAGAAAAAUUAAAUUUAUCAGAUGAUGAUAUUCCUAACGAUGCAAAAGAUAAUAAAAAUAUUUUAGAUAUUAAGAAAAAGAAAGCAAAGCAGAAACGUAUACGUACUCAAAGUUAUUCUGAUUGGAAUACGACCAUCGCACCUCGUUAUCAAUGCGAUGCAGGGGAAUGUUCUAUUCAAUCAUGUCUAAAUAAUUUUACAGCAGUGGAGCUAAUGACUGGAAACAAUAAGGUCGGGUGCGAUGCUUGUACAAAACGUAUUAAUGGAGAAGGCGAAAAUGUUAAAUCUAUUUACACGAACGCUACAAAGCAAUUUUUAAUUUCAAGUCCACCAGCAGUGUUAAUACUACAUUUAAAACGAUUCCAGGUUGGUCAACGUUGCCUAUUUAGUAAGUUGACCAGACCUGUAUCAUUUCCAGUGGUUUUAGAUAUUGCACCUUUUUGCGGAUCUAAGGUGAAAAAUUUACCAAAUAUAGACAGAAAACAAAAGAAAUUACUUUAUGCAUUGUAUGGAAUUGUUGAACAUUCGGGUAGCAUGUAUGGUGGACAUUAUACAGCGUAUGUUAAAGUCAGACCAAAAUUAUCUAAAUCAGAUAAACGCUGGAAAUUUAUGCCACAAGGUAGCAAAGCUGAAUUAGAUCAAACAGAUGAGCAAAAAGCUAAAUUAGAUGAAUUGCUAGCGAAAGAGAAAGCUAGGGAACAGCGAAUGAAAUCAAAUGAUAGCGACGAUUUUACAUCAAGUAAUACCUCUUCAGAUUCAGAUGAUAGAAUCCGUGGGAAUGAAGUUUCAGAUGUAUCGAAGCCUUUAGUUGACCUCAGUGAUACUACUGAAUGUGAAGGUGCCGUUGGUGGUGCUUUAUCUAAUAAUACUGAAGAACAAAUUAAUAUUGAGGCACCUCCAGGCAAAUGGUAUUAUGUUUCUGAUAGUCGAGUACAAGAAGUUUUGGAAAGUGCUGUUUUGAAGGCGCAAGCAUAUUUAUUGUUUUAUGAAAGGAUCUAUUAGUUUAUCCUCUAUGUAUUUUCUUAUCUUCGUUUAUUCUUAAAUGAAAUAAUUUUUGGGGCUUUCCUUUAAAUAUACGCGUUUAAAAAAUGCGAAAAUUUAUUAAAACUAUAGUAAAAAAUAUCUGCUUUUAGUAUCAAGUUUUCCUUUUAUUGUAUAUUUCUAAUAGAAAAUUAUUCCAAAAUGUUCAUAAUAAAUUUUCGUUCUACAUUUUUUUUAAUAAAGUCAAAUAUAAUACAGAAGUUAAAAAAAUUAGAAAUCGCUUUUGUAUAAUCUUUAAAUAAAGUCGAUUUAAGAAAAAAACUUUCAUUUAUUUUUGAAUUGAAAAAACGUAAAAAAUUCAAAUUUUGCGUUAAAAUAAAACCUAUGCAAUUAUU